ACGGAGAGAGAAGAGCAAAUGUAAGAAACUGCGAGCAUCCAACCGGAAGAUGAACAGAAAAGCAAAGAAAAAACAGCGUUGACGGGAAGGUGUUUUUUGACGUAUAGACCUAAACUAUGAGUAGAGGCUCAGGUCGGCCAGCAACAGGAUACACAAAACGAAGGGAGUGGAUAUUGUAGAUAAAAAGAUGAAACGGUAAAUUGGAGAGACAUUGCUAUUAUGUUUCUACUUUAACUAUAGAUCUCGUCUGACAACAAACAACAAACAAAAGGACAGAAUACCCCCCCCCCCAAAAAAAAGGUUCUGUGUGGAAAGUAGCUGUUGCUAAGUGCAGGGUGUUGUCAUCAUGGUGAACACUGGCAUGCAGCUUAUCAGCUUCACCUGUGCAGUGACGGGCUGGAUCAUGGCGAUAGCUGUGACGGCCUUGCCUCAGUGGAAGGUCUCGGCCUUCAUUGGCAGCAACAUAAUGACUUCAGAGAUCAAGUGGGAGGGCAUCUGGAUGAACUGCAUCUACCAGACCACUGGCCAUAUGCAGUGUAAGACCUAUGACUCCAUGCUGGCCUUGCCUCCAGACAUCCAGGCAGCCCGGGCACUCAUGUGCGUGGCUAUCUUCAUGGGCUGGCUCUCCUGCACGGUGUCCUGCUGUGGCAUGAAGUGCACGACCUGCGCCGGGGAUGACCGCCGGGCCAAGGCUGGCAUCGCCCUCUCCGGCGGGAUUCUGUUUAUUCUGACGGGCCUGUGCGUGCUGGUUCCAGUUUCCUGGACCGCAAACACUGUGGUCCAGGAUUUCUACAACCCCAACGUGCCUGUCAUGCAUAAACGAGAGCUGGGUCAGGCCAUCUAUCUGGGCUGGGCGGCUGCGGUUAUUCUUAUGAUCAGCGGAGCUGUACUAAGUAGUACCUGCCCCCACAUGGAGAGGGGGGGUGGCUACCGCAGGGGAUACAUAGGUAGGAGCUUUGCUAAUUCACCUGCCUCGGCACCAGAUCUCCCGAAACCUAUCACAUCCAACAGUCUGCCCUUGAAGGAGUAUGUAUAGAAGCAGAAUGUAAGGUCAAGGAAGCAGAAAACGAUCAAUACAAAAUAAAGAACACUAAAAAUGAGGUGUGUAGAAGCGGAAACUUGACAAUAUCAACAAGUUUCAUUGUUGACAUUUUGAUUUUUCCCUGCAUUUAUGUUUUGUUUUAAACUCAACUUUUAAUUUAUAUGAGCCACAUACUAUUUAUCAGCAUCUUAAACCAAUAUCCCGUUUUUAUAUCCAUCUCUUCGUGGCAUUGUCUUCUGUACAUCACCACUUU